AUGUUCAACAUUUAUGUGGAAACCAAGGAGUUCUCAGGAUUAAAUAUUACAAAACAGCAUAAGUUGGUGUAUGAGACAUUGAAAGAGCAAAUUGGUAAAAUCCAUGGACUGCAUCUAGAAACAAAAGCUCAAAAAUGA